AUGAUUCCAGAAAAGAGAAAUGAAGAUGCCAGAGAGGAAAAUAACCCCAGUGUUUCAGAGAAGAAGUUAAAGAAAAAGAAAAAGAAGAUGAACAAAGAAAAAAUAAAGGGGAAUGAGGUGGAAUCUCCAAAAAAGAAGGAGAAAGUAAACUCAGAUAAGGAACCAAUAGAAACAGAAAAGGAACCAAUAGAAAAGAGCCUUGUGGAAUGGGGUAUUGAUGAAUACAGGUCAUUUUUAAACUCCCUGGAGACUGCCAUAGAGGGACCAUCAUUGCAGCACAACCGAAUUCCAGAUACUGUGUGGGCAGAGCUGGACAAACAAUCACCUGAAAUGUGCCGAGCAGCUUGGACAAAAAUUUGCCAAGUGGCAAAGAGCCACAUGACCGUCCAACAAAUGCUGAACGUUGUCCGAGAUUUACUGGAGACAAAUAAAAAGGUCACCAAGCUACUGAUUGGAAACAAAGAUCCUAAUUUUCCAAAUGCCCCUUUGUUUCAUCGAACCAACAGUUAUAAUCUGUAUACCAAGAAAAGACUAGAGGAAGAUUCAAAGCCAAGUUUUAAAGAAAUUGCAGAAGGGUGGAAGACCCUUUCCGACAAGGAGAAGCAAAAAUACGCUGCAGAAGCGGAGAAGCUUAACAAGGAAGCACAGGAAAAACUGGACAAUUUUCUUGCAUCAUUACCUCCGGAGAAAAAGCAGAAGUUUCUGUCUUCCCAGAGUUCCAGCCAUAAGUCUGUUAAGUCUGAGUUUGCUGAUGCCCCAAAGAUACAAAAACAGCCAGCCAAUAGCUAUAAUAUCUACACCAAGAGAAGAAGGGAAAGAGACCCCAAAAUAAGCUUUAAGGAGAUUGCGGAAAACUGGAAACUUUUGUCGGACAAAGAACGUCAGAAAUAUGCAGAUGAAGCAAAGAAGAUCAAUGAGCAAAUGAGAAAGGAGGUUGAAGAAUACGAGCGAAGUCUUAGCCCCGCGAGGAGGGAGAGGUUUAAACAGUAUGAGAAGAAAAUCAAAAGAAAAAAUGAAACACCGAAGCCCAAGGCACCCCCGAAGCUGAAGCAGAGAGACUUAAAGAAGGCUGAGAUACAGUACAUGAAGGAGGAGAGAGGGGAAGUAGUUGAAGAAAAUCCAGACCUAGAGGAAGAAGAGGUUCUGUCCAGGCUGUCUGAGGCAUUCCGUAACUUAGAUUACGAAGAACAGUCAGAGUACCUUAGGAAAUAUGAAGCCCAGGCCAGUGAGCAGAGAAGAAUAACGGAGUUUUACACCAAGCACUUUGAUUCUCCUCACCCACCAAAGGGAAAGAAGUCUCAUUCCUCAACAAAAGCACAGAAGUCAGACUUGUCUGAGAGUGACUCGUCACCUAAACCAAGGACCAAGUCCGAUGUUAAAAGCUCACCCAAGGUGGCUGUAAGAAAGGAAGACAGCUCUAGUUCUGAGGAAUCUUCUGAUGAUUCUUCAGAUGAUGAAGCCAACACUACAGUAUCAAGAUUGUCAUCCCCCAGAAAGGUCACACCUGGUGUUAAGGGAAAGAAUUCUCAUUCCACAACAAAAGCACAGAAGUCAGACUUGUCUAAGAGUGACUCGUCACCUAAACCAAGGACCAAGUCCGAUGUUAAAAGCUCACCCAAGGUGGCUGUAAGAAAGGAAGACAGCUCUAGUUCUGAGGAAUCUUCUGAUGAUUCUUCAGAUGAUGAAGCCAACACUACAGUAUCAAGAUUGUCAUCCCCCAGAAAGGUCACACCUGGUGUUAAGCGGAAUCAGAGGAAAUCGGAGAGUAGCAGUUCUGAGUCGGAGUCUUCAGAUGAUGACAAAGAAAAGAAGAAAAGGGAGAUGUCACCAGUAGUCCCUGUAAUUGUCAGUAGUACACAACAGCCCAGUAGCAGCCCCAGGAAGAGGAAACGUUCUCCUUCAUUUUCUUCUUCUUCUUCCUCGUCUUCUUCAUCGAGUGAUGACGAGGAUAAAGGAAAUAAAAAAGUUGUCAAGACAAGUCCUAAGAAGAUGGUUUCACCCCAAAAGAAAGUGCGUUCUUCCUCAGUCUCGGAUGAUGAAACUGACGAUACUUCUGACAGUGAGAAGGCCAAAAAAGAUAAAAGGGGCUCCAUAAAGCCAACAUCUCCUCAGAAGACAAACAUAGCAAGCAGUCUUAAGGCCUUCAAAAAGAAGAGGGCUAAGUAAAACAGACUCCCAAACCUUAUAAAAUCAGGGACAAACUUAUGUCAGGGAUGGGUGUCAGAGAGUAGGAAUAUGUAUACCUGUGGAAACAUCAAGCAACAGACUGUUUCGAAAGUUUUACUAGAAUAAUAGACAGUGUAAAAAGGUUUAGAUUGGUAGAAGCUGGUCGCUAAUUGUUUACAAUGACAAUUUAGAGGAGCCUGAGAACUGACAGACCAAUAAACAAAUAAACUGAAGUAUUUGUGUCACCAAUUAAAUGACAUUGAGGCAGCUGAAACCAAAAACUGGAGCACUGCUAGUUUAAUCAAGAUUCACUAAGGAAAAACUAUAUUUCUCGUUGGAAAGAGAAUUUAAGACUUGUAUAAAAGAUGUAUGUAUCUCUAACAUAUAUAUAUUUUAUCAUUGAAAGUAGACUUUUCAUUGGUUUUACAUAUUUUAUAUAAACACUGUAGUUUGCCAAAGGAAACUGGUGUUUCCUAUGCAUUUAUUUUAAAUUUUAAGUUUUAUUCUCGGCAAAAAUCAAAAUAGUUAAA